AUGAUUAUGAUGCUAGCAGAAGCAAGUGUUGAGGAGAUAUCAACCUCUGUGGAAAUGGGCGAUCCAGAAGAUAUAGAAGCAGAUUACGAGAAGUUGUGUGGGCUAUUGAAAAAGCUUGAUCUUUCUAUUGAUAAAGCAAAGGAUGAAAUGGUAGAAAAAGAGGAAACUCUUUCUAAGAUACUAGAGUGGUCAAAUGAGGAAAAAACAAAAAUGAAAAAGUUCAGGGAUUUGAAAUCAAAAUUGAAAGAGUCGUUAGCAAAGAUACAAAUGGAUCGAGACAAGCAAUCAUUGAGAAAGGAAAUAGAGAAACAACGUGCCAUAAAUGAGGAAAAUGAAAGAGCCCGAAGACGUGAAAAAGAGGAGAUGGAAGAACUGGAAGUUCGACGAAUCCAAAGAGAGGAAGAAUGGCUUUUACGUAAGUUGGAAAUCGAGAAAGAAGCCAAGAAACAAUUACAGGAAAACACUUCGCAAGCAACGGCUACGCAGAGUGUUAAACUUCAAAAGUACACAAUUACUCCAUUCACGGGAGACUUUAAGGACUGGACACGUUUUUGGAAUCAAUUCUCAGUUGAAGUAGAUGGGUCUAGCAUAUCGGAAAUAAGCAAGUUCAACUAUCUUCUUGAACUAACCAAAGGGAAACCUCGUGAAGACAUUUUGGGUUUACCUCACACCAGCGACGGCUACUCUGAAGCAAAGCGAAUUUUACUGGAAACAUAUGGCAAGGACAUAAAGGUGCAUAAAGCAAUUAUCCAAGAUAUUGAGAGUCUACAACAGAUUACGGACAUUCACAAGACAACAAGUAUACACGAGUUCUACAACAAGCUUUCUCGGGCGGUGAGAACACUUACAACAAUGAAGAAAUUGGAUUCAGCACAAAGCACUGUUUAUACCGUGAUGGAUAAACUCGGACCGGUCAGAGAAAUCUUGGCAAUGGCAGACGACAAUUGGGAAGAGUGGAAACUGGAGGAACUAACAGAAAAUCUGCGAAAGUAUGUCGAGCGAAACCCACUGCAGACCGAGAAGGAAGAAAAACCCAAAAAACGGGAUCAGAAUAAGAAGAGGGUUUUCCAUGAGCAAAACAGGAAAGUCAACACUAGGCGUGUAUACUGUGGUAAUGAGAAACAUAAGAGUUCAAACUGUUUGAAAGUCUUGACUGUGACAAGUCGGCGAGAGAUUUUAAAAAAGAAUCGAUUGUGUUACAACUGCACGGGAAAAGGGCACACUGCACUUACCUGCCGAUCCAGAAAUUGUGUAAAAUGCGGGCAGAAGCAUCACACCUCACUUUGUGACAGCGAGGAAUCGAGCAUGGAAAAGGAAAAGUCCAAACUUGGUACAGAAAACACAGUUAAACAGUCUAUUGAGAAGAAUAUGAGUUUCAGCAGCAAUUCAACAACACUUCAUCCAACAGUCAAGGCAAAGGUGAAUGAUCGGGUAGUCCGAGUGAUGAUCGAUACGGGUGCGAGCACAUCAUACAUUUGUUCAGAAGUUAUCACCAAACUGUCGCUCAAACCAGUGAGACGCGAACGAAAAUGCAUUGAGCAAUUAUACGGAACUGUGACAAAGAAUGUGGACAUCUAUCGAAUUCAUAUCCAGUCAAUUGUGGUAGAUGAUUUUGAGCUAGAUAUUGAUUGUAUCAACGCUGGGAAGGAAGUUCUUACCUACUUACCUAAUCCAAAGGUGAAAGACCUGAAGAUGAGUUCCAAACCUUUCCAGAAACUGCAAUUAUUUGAUGAGGAGACCACUGACAGGCAAAUACCUGUGCACAUUAUCCUAGGAGCUGCAGAUUAUCAACGGAUAAAGUCAGCAGAGCAGCUGAUACUUGGUGAAAAUCCGGAUACGGAUCCAGGAGCAGAGUUUACAAAGCUUGGAUGGGCGCUGUGUGGCAAGAUUGUUUCGAUGGAAUCAGCUGAGAAAGAGUUCUUUUUGAACAGUCAGAGUGAAUUUGAGAAGUUAUGCUCAGUGGACGUGCUGGGACUAGCAGAGAAGUUGGAGACAGAGACAGAAUUUCACGAGAACUUUAUUAAACACUUGCAUCAGACGGAUAAAGGGUUUUAUGAAACUGAUCUACCAUGGAGACCAGAUCAUCCAAUGCUACCGGCAAAUAGAGCGUUGACUGUGGCGCGAUUGAGGAGUACAACAAGACGACUAGAGAAACUGGGGAAACUAGAUGAAUAUCACAGUGUGAUGGAAGGACAGCUGCGUGAAGGAAUUCUUGAACCAGUGCCUCCAAAGCCAACAGGGGAGGUGGUACACUACAUUCCACAUCAGCCGGUGAUUCGAGAAGAUGCCGAGUCCACUAAACUCAGAAUCGUGUAUGACUGUUCUGCAAAAGCUGAUCCUCAAAUACCAUCCUUAAAUGACUGCCUCGAGAAGGGACCAUCUUUACAGCCACUGUUGUUCGACAUCCUUUUAAGAAAUCGACUGAGGAGUAAGUGUAUCACAGGUGACUUGAAGAAAGCUUUCUUACAAGUACGAAUAAACAAGCAACAUUGUGACGCGCAGAGAAUGUUGUGGUACAACAAAGAAAUUGUCGAAUACCGGUUUACAAGAGUGAUUUUUGGAGCUGCGCCAAGUCCUUAUAUCUUGGGGGCAACCUUACAACAGCACGUGAAACAGUUUCAAGACGAAUAUCCAGAGGCAACGAAAGCCUUACUCGAGGACACAUAUGUCGACGACGUGCAAAGUGGAGGAGAUUUGGUCAGUGAACUUGAAACAUUUAAAAAACAAUCCACGAUAAUCAUGGAAAAAGGUAAGGUAUUGGCAGCGAUAAACGGUGUAUACGAUCUGCUCGGGUGGGCUUCACCGGUGAUGAUUACAGGAAAAAUCUUGUUCAGUGAACUUUGUUUGCGUAAGGUCUCCUGGGACGAACAAGUACCUGAUGACAUAGGGCGUCGAUGGAAUAAAUGGGCUAAAACACUCCGUGAAUGUACCGAGAUUACAGUACCUCAAAGCGUGGUAAAACCGAUGAGUCAACAGAUUUCUAUACAUGGCUUUGCCGAUGCAAGCCAGGACGUGGUGACGACGUUCCAGCACGAAGAAUUUAAGCAGCAGCUUCAACAGAAUUAUGAUGGAUUCUACGAGACAGGGCUACCUUGGAAAAGUGACUGUAUGCCUCUGCCAGAAAACAAGAAUCAGACGAUUGCACGGCUACACAACAUCACACGAAAGCUUGAGAGAAUGGGGAAGCUGGAAGAAUUAUAA